AUGGAAUAUGAAGAAGGCAAAGUUGACAUCUUUGCCACCACUGAAGAGGUAUCUGAUGUGCACUCAUUCUUAGACUUGUUAGGUUACUCAAAUCUAGACUUGCAACAGGCUAACACCCUACCACUAGUAGAACACAACCUCAAUGGUCCACCUACCAACCAACCUCAACCAGCCAACCAAGGCUUUGAUAACCUUGUUCAAUCAUCUGAUCCGAACUCUCUUUUGCAUCAAGCAAAUGAUACCAACAUGAAUCAACAUUUGAAUUAUCAAUCCAACUAUCCUUCACUCAAUCAAACUCCAUCUCUUAAUUUCAAUCAAGGCCUUCAACAACCAAACAAUUCCUUCCAACACUGCUAUCCAUUAUUUAAUGAAUCUCCUCCAGCACUAUUCAAUCAAGGCUUCCAUCCUCCAAUAAUGACCAAUCCUUUCAUGGAAGAACACAAUGUUGAACAUAUCAUCAUCAUGUUGACACAAUUGAAUUCUCUUAUUGAUAGUUGUAAGAAUGCUCCUAUUAAUCAAUCCAUGAAGGAAAGACUUUGUUAUCAAUUAGAAAUCAUCCAAAAUAAUUCUAAGGAUAUGUUGCUUAAACUUAAUUCUCAACCAAUCAUUGAUAUAGAGGCUCUAACAAAGAAUUGGAAACUCAGAGAAGCCACUGGAAAUAUUCCUGCUGGACCAAAGAGAAAACAAUACGAUGAAAUAAUGGAGAGUCAUAGCAAGACUCUGUCUACACUCCAAAGACAAGAGAAGGCACAGGCCAUAGCCAAGAUCUGGAAGGAGGUGAAGUACCAUAUUGCUCUCUCUGAAAAAACCUUACUCUCUCCUGAAAGUGGUAUUAUAAAUUAUUUAGGCUAUUGUAAAUCCGAAUCAUUCGAUCCGUUUACUAAAAGAAUUGAUGGCGUUCAUGUCAAUCCUGACACCUACAAUUCCUGGUUGAUUUGGCUUGUAGAAUCCCACAUUAAUAAUAAGACUUACAAGUUCGGCUCUGUACAAAGAUAUUAUACUGCAGCAAAGGCAUGGUGUACUAGACAUAACAUUAAAUGGCCAACCGAUACUAAGAGUUACGACUCAAUCAUGACACUCAAGGCUUCUUCAAAUCUGUUAGAAACUGAAGAAUCAAGAACAUCAAUUCUCCCACCUGUAGAUAUUUAUACCGAGGUCAAUAAGGAAAGAAAAGAGGGUAAUGAGGUAAAGAGAAAGAGAAAUGAUGAGGAAUUUGUUGUUUCAAAAAAGAAAUAA